CCCCUCCUCCUCUUCUGCUCUCCUAUCUCUCAGAACUCCCUCUCUCUCUCUCUCUCUCUCUCUCUCUCACUCUCACACUCAAAUCUUGUAACACGAACUCAACGCUCGCCCUUCGCUUCUCGUCUCUAUCUCUCUGAGUGCGAACUUGGGGCCUUUGAGAAUCUGACUCGCUCGCUCACUCACCUGACACUUGAAAUAGUCGAGAACGGCAGGAAGCAGCGCAGAAUUGCAAAGGAUCGAAAACAACGGAAAGACGUUAGGCGGAACGGCAGGCAGGCAGGCAAGCAGGCAGGCAGUGCGUUCGUGCGAAGGAUUGGAAAUUUGUUGUUGUUGUUGCGCAGCAGCAGCAGCGAGUGCAGAAAGUGCAGCAGGCAGGCAGAAGCAGGCAGGCAGAGAAAAGAGUGGAUGAGGAAGCAGAAUGGGAGUUUGGGACAGCAGUGACUUGGUAACACAGAGUUUCGCGAAAGAUUCGUCUGAGGGCGUAGACAGCAAGACGAGCAACGGUGCGAGGAAGAGCGAGAUGGCGUCGACUUCUUGGAUUAGAGGGGAUUUGAUAGGCGCAGGGGCGUUCGGCAAGGUGAAUUUGGCGCUGAACAGGGAGAAUGGCGAGUUGUUCGCGGUGAAAUCCAUCGAGUGCAACGAGCGCAACACGAGCGAGAUGCUGGCGAUGAAGAACGAGGUGCAAAUUCUGUCGAGCCUGGAUUCGCCCUUCGUGGUGAAGUGCCUGGGCUCGUCCUUCUCGCUCGAGGGCGGCAAGAGCAUGCACAACGUGUUCGUGGAGUACAUGUCGGGCGGCAGCCUGGCCGAUCUCAUGAAGAAGUUCGGCGGGCACUUCGACGAGCCGCUGAUCAGGAAUUACACGCGCAGCAUCCUCGAAGGGAUUCAGUACCUGCACGCGCAGGAAAUUGUGCACUGUGACAUCAAGGGCAAAAACGUGCUCGUAGGAAGCUCUGGAGUGAAGCUCGCGGAUUUUGGCGCUGCCAAAAGAAUGGGCGCAGGCAGCGUGGUGGAUUCGCAGUUGACCAUGAAGGGCACGCCGCUCUGGAUGGCGCCCGAGGUGGUGGCUCUGGCCGAGCAAGGCCCGGCCUCCGACAUUUGGUCGCUCGGCUGCACCGUCCUGGAAAUGGCCACGGGCAAGGCGCCCUGGAUCCACAUCGCCAACGGCGCCGCCAACCCUUUCGUGGCGCUCUACCACAUUCACCGCAGCGAGCAAGUGCCCGAGUUGCCCUCGUGCCUCUCGGAGCAGGCGCACGAUUUUCUGCGCAAGUGCUUCCAGAGAGAUCCCCGGGUGCGCUCCACGGCCGAGCAACUUCUGAAGCACCCCUUCAUCACCGACAGCGUCCCAGUGCUCGAGGAGCCCCAGGCCCCGCAGCCCUCGCCCACCAGCACGCUGGAUUUCCCCAGCCACCACGACGUGACCGGCUACACCUCGUCAAUUGUGAAUUCCGUGCCAAUUCUGCGAUCCCCCCUCUUCGCCAAGCGCGCCUCCGCUGCGCCCCUUGCGAAUUUCCAAUCCGAGGAGGAGCCCAAGCAGAGCACGAGCUCGUCCAGCGGCGCCGACUGGUGGUGCAACUCGCCCCUCAGCCCCAUGCCCGGCCAGUGGAUUGUCGUGCGCUCGCCCAAGGCCACCUCGCCCACUUCUUGCGAUGCCCCCAAGCUGCCCUGCGCCCUCCCCCAGGAGGUUGUGGCAGCAGCAGCUGUGAAAGAGUGCAACCUCCCAGUCGCCGCCCUCAAAGAGGUGGCAGUUGAGCCGGAAUUUGCCUCUUGCGCAACCGACUCGCUGGAACAGCUCGCGCAAUCGGACAGCGCCAAGGCCUCGCCCUCGAUCGUCGACCAUUGCCAAGCCGGGACGAUGGAUUCGGCCUCUGCCUCCGACCUCCUCCUCGACGACGAGGUUAUGGUGGCAGAAGAAUGCCAAGCGACAUCGACAUCGUCGUCCGGUGCCGAUGACGAUGGCGACGACGAUGAGGUCAUGGACUCUGCUGCUGCAGCAGCAGCAGCAGCGGACGCCGCGCAGACGCAGACGCAGUCGCAGGGCAAUGUCAGGCCCGGCGUGAGCGAGGCAAUGGGGCAAGAAGACGAGGGUGCAUCGCCCAGCCACACGACCGGGCUCAGCAGCAGCAGCAGCAGCAGCAGGCGAGGCUGCAGCUCCUUCGACAUGGGCCGGGCGUCGAGAAGCUUGUACAACUUUGUGUUCAGCAUGGCGAGAGGCCCGACGAGACCGCGGGCCUUCAAAUUUGGCUCGCUCAGAGCGACUCUUAGAAAACUAGCCACGGCCCAUCGGAAGAUGACCUCCCGAGGUCGUCGGGGCAAGUCUGCUCUCAUGAGGUUCUCCAUACGCAAACAAGCGCACGAGUUGGUUUUCGAAAAGCUCUGGACCUUAGGCAGAUCUUUGCCCGCGUGCUCAUUCAGACUCGCCUUCGUCUCGGGCAUAGCUAGUUACGUAGAAUCUCUCGGUUCAUUACAACCGCAAUUUUUUAGAAACAGAUUUAAGUUUCUGAAUAAAAGUGCCACUCCCUGGUGGCUUCUAUACAAAAUUCCCGUGUUUCAUGUUUUGGGCUUUUGAUUGAUUGCUGUCUGUCAUGUUUUUGGCUUCGACGAUAUGUCCAUGGAUUGAAUGGUGGAUGGAUGAAUGAAUGCCUCUGCUCUUCAGAGCAGAGAUUGGUCUGUGGGUUUUCUGGGUCGU